ACGGGUAAGUUCCGAGUCGUUUGCCACUGCAUGCAAAGGAGGAACGAGUCAUCUCGGGCACAUGAGUUAGAGUUCCAGCACCCGAACCCACGGGUCGGGGUCCCUUUCCUGCCUAGCGCCUUCGCCAGCGUAACCCUGACCGCCGGCCAACUUCAACCAACGGCCCCGAUCAGCUUGUGAACCCAACACUUUUCAAAAGAACUACUCGUCAAGUCGAACUCCGACCCCUGUCGGCCUGUGAAUACAACCACGCACAGAGAAAACAUCCCGUUCCCGUAUCAGCACAUUCGGACUCACAGGAAGGCCAGGGCUUCUGGGCGGCGAACCCUUUUGAGUUUACGACGGUGGUCUCCACAAGUAACCAUCCGCUGUCGCCGACCGAGAACUUGAAAGAGACCGUGAGGCUCUCAAAAUGCACCCUUGUCUUAUAUAGACCCCUCUCCCCCGUUAUCCCAAGGCCGUAGAAACACACUUCUACAAUUAUAAACCCUGUUCUCAAAUCUGAUCCAUCAUACCGAAAAUGUCAUCCGCAACCUACGAAAUACUCCCGAUCUUAGAAUCCGAUCUCGCCAGUAUCAGCGAAAUCGAAAAUCUUGCCUUUGAAGGCGAGGAAGUCUCGCGGAUAGUAUUUGCUAGCCCCAAUUCAGCUACAAAAGAGUUCCGCAUACAACGGUUGAAGAAAUCAUUGACUGAAGACCCUACUACUCGGUUUGCAAAAGUCGUGAUUGGCGGAAAACUCGCCGGAAUUGCUCAAUGGAACCUUCAUUUAGAUCCGAAUUGGCAUUUGAAAAACGAGAAGAAAGAGGAGGAAGGGGGCGCUGACUCGCAAGAUAAGAAGAAUAAAAAUUUCCCCCCCGGUGCAAAUGUAGAAGCCUGUGAGGAAUUCUUUGGUUGGAUGUAUGGAGCAAGGAAGAGGAUAAUGGGGGGACAAAAGUUUCUUCUCCUUGCGCUCCUAAUCACGCGGCCGGAAUUCCAAGGCCGUGGCGUCGGAUCCGCACUAUUGAAAGAUGGCCUUGCCGUUGCGGAUAAAUACAAUAUUCCUGUAUGGCUUGAAGCUUCGCCUCGAGGGUACCCUGUAUAUAAGAAGUUCGGGUUCCAAGAUGUUGAACAUUUCGAUCUGGAUUUGUCCAAAUACGGUGGAAGCACCGUUUCGAGAACCGUAGGGAUGCUGAGACCCUCAAAAGGAGCCACUUCAAGUGCUUAAUCCUUUGCUCGUGGAGGAUCCAUGCCAGCAGCAGAGUAUGCCCGCUCGAUAUAUGUUGAUGGUAGAUAGUACAAAGCAGCCAGAU